ACGUUUCUUUCAAAUCUCUAGAAAGACGUUUGACUUCAUUGCGCGACAAAGUGGACGAAAAUCUUCCGGGAAAUCGUAUUCCACUCUUCCAGAGGGACUAUCACUUCGUGAAUUUUCACUAGCGGAGAUCAAAGCUGCUACUGGAAACUUCCAUAAAGGUUUUCUUAUUGUACAAGUAAUUUUGGAUCUGUAUAUAAAGGGAUCAUAAAUGACGGGACCACUACUGUUGCUAUCAGACGCAUGAAUCUUGGUCUUACUUUAUUCCGAACUGAGGUGAUCUUUCUUUGCCAGAUGAGUCACUUAAAUGUUGAAUCUCUAAUUGGAUUCUGCGAUGAAAAGGGGGAAAAUCCUUGUUUAUGAAUACUUGUGCAAUAGGUCGCUCUACGAUUGUCUUAAUGGUAAUGGUAUCAAUGCCAAUCCACUUCCUUGGGAGAAGAGGCUAGAAAUUUGCAUUGGCGCAGCUCGUGGAUUACAUUAUCUUCAUACCGGAGCCAAGUAUGCAGUAAUGCACCGUUUUGUGACCGGUCAUACUGUUCUUUUAGAUCAUGAAUUGAUUCCUAAGCUUUCUGGUUUCUUUGUGUCCAAGUUAGGAUCUCGUAGCAUGUCAAAAACUUUGAUUGGGGGUGCUUAUGGAUACCUCGAUCCGGAAUAUCAUCGCACCAAGUACCUGUCGGAAAAAGUAGAUGUCUAUUCAUUCGGCAUUGUCUUACUCGAAGUAAUUUGUGAUCAAGCAAAAUUCUAUCAGAUGACUAGUGAGGUAGGAUCUAUGGGUGGAUGGGCAACUUCGUGCUUCAGGAAUGGAACCCUUUAUCAAAACAUUGAUCCAUUCUUAGAGGGGAGAUAGCCCCGGAGUGCUUCGAAAAAUUUAUGGAGAUUGCUGUGUGUUGUAUCUCUGAUACUGGAGAUGAAAGACCAUCCAUGGGUGAAGUGGAGGUAACUCUAGAGCUUGCAUUGGAACUGCAAAAGAAAUCAGACUCCAAAAUGGCAAGUAUAUAAUUCCUCAUGGAGAGUUCAUGUAUAAAGAUGUAAUAUUUUGGCACUGAUAGAACAACAAUUGAGGAUUCAAUAGCCAUUGAAGAAUGAAGGUAUACGACAUAUAUGUAUUUUUUUGUUGAUGUCUGCUGUAAUUAUGCAAUGUUCUGUUUGCUUAGUCGAAAGUUUCUUCUAUUGCUAUUGAA